CUUCUCAGGUUCUUUAACAUUUUCCGCCGCCUACCGCCAAUCCCACGGGACAUAACCUCUCUCUCUCUUGUUCAUUGCUCCACCGGAGGUCUUGACCGCGCCCUAGUCGCCGGAAACCUCAACUCAAACUACCGCGGAUGAACUCCAUCGCCGUCCAAGCUCACAGCUCCUCCGGAGGAGUUGUAUUCUGAUUUAGUUGGCCUUUCAUCGCUGAAGAAUUAAGCACGUGAGCUCGCAGUGAUACUUCAUCUACACAGCUCCUCCAUAUUAGUGGGAGACCCAGAAAAUUGGCGAAACUGGUGUCAAGGAAGUCUCAUAUUCUCCGCCGUAUAAAUAUCUGCAAGUAUUUUUUCAUUCUCCCUUCAAUUCUAUGGAUUUUCAAGGGUUUUAUUUGCACGCUCACCCAUCUCACAGCACCACACGACCAGAGCACCAAUCCCUUCUCAAAAAUCAAAGAUUUAUACCUGCCCGGGUUGUUAAAAGAGUUAGGGUUUAUGCAGGGUUUAAGCUUCAGUGUUGUUCAAAAACUGUGUCUUUUCCUUCGAAAAGUGUAAUUAAUGGUAAAAGGAAAGGGUCUGAAGGUGUAUUGCCGUCAAUUUUGCGUACUUUGGCGACUGAGAAUGAGGUGGAGAAGACCCUUGAUUUGUAUUAUGGGAAGCUCAGUGACAAGGAGUUCACUGUGAUUCUCAAAGAACAGAGUAGUUGGGAGAAGGUUGUUAGGGUUUUUCAGUGGAUGAAGUCGCGGAAAGAGUAUGUGCCUAAUGUGAUUCAUUACAAUGUUGUGUUGCGCACUUUGGGUAGAGCUCGAAAAUGGGAUGAGUUGAGACUGUGCUGGACUGAAAUGGCAAAAGAUGGGGUUUUACCUACAAACAAUACAUAUGGAAUGCUUGUCGAUGUGUAUGGAAAAGCAGGCCUUGUGAAGGAGGCACUUCUUUGGAUUAAGCAUAUGAAGUUGAGAGGAAUUUUCCCGGACGAGGUCACCAUGACCACAGUUGUUAGGGUUUUGAAGGAUGCAGGGGAGUAUGACCGGGCAGAUAGGUUUUAUAGAGAUUGGUGCGUUGGGAAAAUCAAGUUGGAUGAUCUUGAUUUGGAUUCCAUUGGUGAGUCGGACUCGAGUUCUAGUUCCGAGCCCUUCAGUUUGAAGCAAUUUUUGUUGACUGAGCUUUUCAGGACAGGAGUUAGGAAUCCAUCUAGGGCUAUGGAGUUGUCAGAGGCAGAGAGCUCUCUUAGGAAGCCUCGACUUACGGCAACAUACAAUGCUCUUAUUGAUUUGUACGGGAAGGCAGGCCGAAUGAAAGAUGCUGGAGAUGUGUUUGCAGAAAUGCUGAAGAAUGGGGUGGCAAUGGAUACUUAUACUUUCAACACCAUGAUCUUUAUUUGUGGGAAUCUUGGUAAUUUGGAUGAAGCUGAAGCUUUGCUUUCUAAGAUGGAGGAAAGAGGGAUACAUCCCGACACAAAAACAUAUAACAUUUUCCUUUCUCUGUAUGCCAAUGCAGGAAGAAUAGACCUAGCUCUUCAGUAUUACAGAAGGAUAAGGGAGGUUAGACUUUUCCCCGAUGUUGUAACCCAUAAAGCCAUUCUUAAUAUACUAUGCAAGGAAAAAAUGUUACAUGAAGUGGAGGCUGUGCUUAAAGAAAUUGAGAGUUUAGGUAUGCGUAUUGAUGAACGCUCUCUUCCAGUUGUUAUGGAAUUGUAUAUCAGUGAAGGAUUAACUGAGCGAGCCAAUGCCCUUCUUGAAAAAUGUCAAUUGAUUGGUGGGUUGUCAUCAAAGACUUAUGCUGCCAUCAUGGAUGCUUAUGCAAAUCACGGACUUUGGGCUGAAGCAGAGGAUGUGUUCUUCAGUAAGAGGGAUAUGCUCAGACAGAAGAAGACAGUGUUGGAGUAUAAUGUCAUGGUUAAAGCUUAUGGGAAGGCAAAGAUUUACGAUAAAGCUUUCUUCCUCUUCAAGGGCAUGAAGAGUCAAGGAACAUGGCCAGAUGAGUGCACUUACAACUCUCUGAUUCAGAUGUUUUCUACGGGUGAUUUAGUGGACCAAGCAAAGAAAAUUUUAAUUGAAAUGAGAGAUGUUGGAUUUAAACCUUCAUGUCUGACCUUCUCUGCUGUAAUUGCUAGUUAUGUUCGCAUGAGUAGGCUUUCUGAUGCAAUUGACGUGUUUCAAGAAAUGCUAAAAACUGGUGUAAAACCAAAUGAGAUAGUAUAUGGAUCUUUAAUUGAUGGGUUUGCUGAAGCUGGUAACUUUGAAGAAGCCAUAAACUAUUUCCACAUGAUGGAAGAAUCUGGGGUAUCAGCAAAUCAAAUUAUCUUGACUUCAAUGAUUAAGGCAUAUAGUAAGGUUGGUUCAGUAGAAGGAGCAGAGCGAUUAUAUCAGAAAAUGCAAAACUUGGAUACGGGUCCCGAUAUUGUGGCAUCCAAUAGUAUGCUCAAUCUGUAUGCAGCCUUUGGAAUGGUGUCUGAAGCAAAAUUGAUAUUUCACGACUUGCAUCAGAAAGGCAAGGCAGACGAGGUUACUUUUUCAACCAUGAUAUAUGCCUACAAGAACAAAGGUAUGCUCAGUGAAGCCAUUGAAAUUGCAGAGGAGAUGAGACAGUUAGGACUUCUAAGGGAUUGCACGACAUUUAACCAGAUAAUGACUUGUUAUUGUGCAAAUAGGCAGCUUAUUAAAUGUGGUGAAUUAUUGCAUGAAAUGGUGGAUAGGAAGCUUCUACCAAACAAGCCUACAUUUAAAAUAUUAUUCACCAUAUUACAGAAGGGAGAUUUUCCAGCUGAAGCGAUCCGUCAACUUAAGUUGUCUUAUCAGGAAAGGAAAGAUUAUGCGGGCCAAGCUGUGAUAGCCUCUGUUUUUUCUGCGGUGGGUUUGCAUGCAUUUGCACUUGAAUCCUGUGAAGCCUUCUUAAAACCAGCCAUGGAGCUUCAUUCCUUUGCCUACAAUGUUGCAAUAUAUGCUUAUGGAGCAUCAGGGAAAAUCGACGAAGCUCUGAACAUCUUCAUGAGAAUGCAAGACAUGGGAGUGAAACCUGACAUUGUUACAUAUGUCAAUCUUGUAUGUUGUUAUGGGAAAGCUCGACUGGUUCAAGGCAUAGAGCGGGUAUAUAGGCAACUGAAAUAUGGAGCUAUAGAGCAUAAUGAGUCAUUGUACAAUGCUGUUAUAGAUGCCUAUAAAGAUGCUGGCAGACAUGAUCUUGCUUAUUUGGUUAGUCAAGAGAUGAGAUUUGCUUCUAGUGACGAGAAGUAUCCUAACUCUGAAACUGAAGAUGCUUUUGAUGAAGAGCUGUAUCCUAACCCUGAAACUGAAGGUGAUAAUGAUGAAACAUUCUCUAGACGAUUAUCGUAAGCCAUUGAGUUUGUUGUCUGGAAUUAAAAAUGGUGGAUGAAACAUUUUUGGGCCUUAUAUAUAUGAUCACCUUGUCCUAUGUUAUGUGGUUUGGUUAAGAAGAAAAUCAGUAUAUAAUUUCUUUUGUCCAAUUGGUCAGUAGGUGGUUGUACCUUUUACUUUGGUUACUGUCUUUUGGAGUGAGUUCAUCUUUGUUUGACCUCCAUUCCUGUUUAGUUUGCCUCA